CGGUCAAAUUAUCAACCCUCAGUCAACUACAGUCUCUCCAUAACAGACAGCUCUGGUGGCCAAAUAGAGUAGCAGAAACGCAGACGAACAAGCGAAAAUGGCUUCAGUAUCUCUAUCUUCACCAAGUGUUCAAGCAUACAAUAAGGGCAUCGUUUCUUGUGGAAGGAGUCAGUUAAGCUCUUGCAGUUUCGCUUUUGAGUCGGGCUUCUUCGGCACCAAAUUUCCCACGGGGCCGUUGUCAUUAUCAACCCGGAAAACUCGCAGGACCCGACCUGAGUCUGUCGAGACGUACUGCUCGAGUACCCUCUCUGCUUCUACUCAGACGUUCGACGUCGUGAUCAUCGGCGCCGGCAUCAUUGGGUUGACGAUCGCCCGUCAAUUUCUGAUCGGGUCGGAUCUUUCUGUUGCGGUGGUAGAUAAGGCCGUCCCUUGUUCUGGUGCAACUGGUGCAGGGCAAGGCUACAUAUGGAAGAUACACAAGACCCCUGGGAGUGAUACAUGGGAGCUGAACAUGAGAAGCCACGAACUGUGGGAGAAGUUUGCUGAAAGUAUACAAGAUCAAGGCUUGAAUCCUCUCGAAGUUUUAGGUUGGAAAAAGACAGGAAGCUUGCUAGUUGGUAGGACCCCUGAGGAGUCAGCCAUGUUAAAAAGAAGGGUGGAGCAGCUAUCCAAUGCUGGGUUAAAAGCUGAGUAUUUGUCAAGUCAUGAUUUACUUCUAGAGGAACCUGCAGUUAUGGUAGGGGAAGAAGGAGGGGCUGCCUUUCUACCUAAUGACUCCCAGUUGGAUGCUCAACGAACUGUUGCGUUUAUUGAAAAGGCUAACAGGGAAUUUGUGGCGAAAGGCAGAUAUGCAGAUUUCUAUAGUGACCCAGUCACGUGUUUAUUAAGAUCUGGCAGCGGUGGGGAGGUUGAAGGUGUUCAAACUUCCAAAAGGACCUUGUACUGUAAGAAAGCCUUAGUCAUGGCGGCUGGUUCUUGGAGUGGGUCUUUGAUGCAUGAUCUGUUAAGAGAAUCAGAUGCCAUAUUAGAUGUACCUGUAAAGCCACGAAAGGGUCACCUGCUUGUGUUGGAAAAUUUUAAUUCCCUCAAGUUGAAUCAUGGCCUGAUGGAAGUGGGUUAUGUUGGUCAUCAAGAAAAUGCUACUUCAGCUACAAAAUUAACUGAUAAUGGGCAGGCUCUCUCUGUUUCAAUGACAGCCACAAUGGAUAGUGUGGGGAACCUUGUUCUUGGGAGUAGUCGUCAAUUUGCCGGGUUCAGCACUGAGGUGGAUGAUUCUAUCAUUGGUUACAUAUGGAAGCGGGUCGCAGGGUUCUUUCCUCAAUUGAAAGAAGUGUCCCUCACAGAUUUCGCUGUGAGAAGAAAAGUGAGAAUAGGCUUACGACCUUACAUGCCUGAUGGGAAGCCUAUGAUUGGGCCUGUUCCUGGUUUGUCUAAUGUGUUCAUUGCAACUGGACAUGAAGGUUGCGGACUCUCAAUGGCUUUGGGGACUGCUGAAAUGGUUGCGGACAUGGUGUUGGGCAAUCCUGGAAAUGUUGAUUAUGCACCAUUUGUGGUUCAAGGACGAUCUUGUUGAUUACUAUGUGCACUUGAAACUGUGCAACAUUCAUACCAUGGUAAUUGGGCUGCAACAUGAGCUUUAGCCAGCUGCCGCAAUGCUGCUUCAGUGCGCUAAUGGAACACCCAUUUUGGAAGGAAAAGGAGAUGUCCUACUUGUUUAGCUGUCUCUUUAUAUCAUUUUCCCUACCCCUUCAAGAUGAUGGGUCUAAUUUGAUUUUUGUUUCGAAAAGAAAAUUGUUGGAUUCGUUAUGUCUAGGGUUAUAUAAUAUGAUGAUCGAGUUGAUUCCAAUGAUUAUAUGUUCAUCCCAUGAUGGACAGCACUGGAAUAGGGUUGGAUACAUUAUGAGAAGGGAUCAUUCCAGCAUAUCUAAAUA